CGCGCUUUCUGUAUGCAGUACCCAACAAAGUCACGUGGUUUCUUCAUGGUUAGCUCCAGAUACCUACACCAGCAAGACAAAGCGAGCGAAAUUCCGAAGAUCUCGACAGGAUAAACAUGAGUCUCCGGAAGCAAACCCCAAGUGAUUUCUUGAAACAAAUCAUUGGAAGACCAGUGGUGGUCAAACUGAAUUCAGGAGUGGAUUACAGAGGUGUACUUGCAUGUCUGGAUGGCUACAUGAACAUUGCUGUUGAACAAACAGAAGAGUACGUAAAUGGACAGUUAAAGAACAAGUAUGGCGAUGCAUUUUUGAGAGGGAACAAUGUUUUGUAUAUCAGCACCCAGAAGAGAAAGCUGUGAAGAGGAUGGCCGUUUUUCCAUUUCAUGCUAUUUGUUUAUGGUUGUAUUUACAAAUCACCGUUCACAGUUUCUCAGUUUCAGUUAGUUGUGUAACCACCCCUUUGGAGAUUGAGGCACAUUUGGGCAUGUAGUUGCAGCAGUUGCAGCAUGAUGCAAUAAAUUAUGUUUUGGAUGUU